AUGCUUGUGAAAAAUGUAAUUGUUGAGCUUCGUUCUCGCUUGAGAAGUUGUAAUGUGUAUAUUACAACUAAUAUUGAUUUUAAGAAGAAUUGUAAUUUAAAAAUUAGUAUACAAGCCAAUUGUAUUGUGCUGAAUUAUUAUAAUGAUUGUGACAAGCGAAGGGAUAGUCUGUCAUCAAUUGAAAGCCUUUCUGAUUAUUCCGAUGAUGAUUCAAAUGUAACUUGCAGUAUACCAAUAAAUGAGUUCUGCUAUGUAAUACCAAAUUCGAUGUCAUGUCUCAAAAUUGACAACAACACAGUUUCUUUUAGGAUAUUGACCGAACCUAAAAAUGGAGGGGGAUUCUAUUCUGAAUUUUUGACGACUAAAUCACUUGAAAAUACUGUUAAAAUUAACAAGCUGAAUGUUAAUUUACAAUCAAAUGAAUAUGUGAAAGUUAUAUGCAGUAAUUGUUCAAACAUUGUUUCUAACGGUUUGGUGAAGUUUGAUAGGAUUUUAGAAUUGCCAACUACCAAUAUUGAUAUGUCCGAAUGGUUUUGUCAUGGUCAUGGACAUGGCAGUACCACUCCAAAUGAAGUAACACCAAACAAACAAGAUUUUCUGUACAGACUUACAUUUUUUGUUGUCAAUCAUAAUAUAUUAUCUGAUAAAACAAACAAAUUUAAUGCUAAACGUGUCAUCUAUCAUUGUAAUAGAUGUCUUGCUUGGCUCGGCUUGAAAAAUAAAGAUACAGUCAAAUUGUACAAUUCUGAUGUAAAGCUAAUCCAAAAUAAUGUUGAGAAGCGGGCUUUUGGUCAUAAGAAUACAACUGGUGAUUUGAUUAUAGAUGAUUUUAUUUACACCAUAGAAUGUAUGAUGAACGAAUUUAAUCUUGGCAUGCAAUACACACUUAUGUAUAAAAUAGUUCUAGAAUGUUCCAUAUCUGUGACCAAUAAACAGUAUUUACUCAUUUGGAUAAUGGACAGGGAGUUGCAAGUGCUCCGGAACAAGGAUGAAAUAAUUUUAACAGACAAGAUUAAACUCCAAUCAACCUUCUUAACUAAAGUGUUGUAUAAAAUAGAAAAUGCUUUGAAUGAUGAAGUUGAAACAUGGCUUUCUGAUCCAAGUGUAAUUUCUACAGAUAUAUCUAAAAGCAUGUUCUGUAGAGGUGUUGAUCAUUUAAAGAAAAUGUCAUUGAAAGUACCAGAGAUGUUCCGUUACACUAAUGGCUACUCUAUUAGUUAUUUAAAGGUGUAAUAUAUUCAAAUUGCUAUUUAAAAUAGUAAUUAAUUAUUUAUUAGUCAUUUGAAAUUGUAAUAACUACAAGCUUCUCAUAUCAAAAGUAAGCAUGUAAGUUAUAAGACAGAAAUAUGUAGAUUUAAAGAAAAAUAAAUAAUUACUAUGAUAAUUUUAUCUCUUCACAUAAGUGUGUAUGGAAAAAAUAACCGUUUUAAUUUAAAGAUAAAUAAGUAAAUUAAACAUUUAAAGGUAAUAAAUUAUUAAUUAGUUAUUUGAAAUUGAAGAGUUUGUCAGUUAUUACAAAUGGUGUUUUAUCAUUCAUUUAAUUAAAUUGUAAUAUCUAUAACAGCAAUAUAUUAUAAGCGUUUAUUUAUACAUAAGACAUUUGCAAGUGUAACAAAUAAUGACUAUCUCCUCCAAUUACUGUAAUAAAGUCGCCCAAAAGCUCUUUGUUAUUCUAAUAAAUUGUUCGCAAUGUUUUGAUUUUCUAAUAAAAUCUGUGUCAACAUUUAUUUGAAAGUAAUAAAUUCUCAUUCUCUA